AUGGUCGAGGCAAUUCACAAGGCUGGGCAAAUCUCAGUCACGCAAAGAACAUUCGACAGACUUGAGUAUCCAUUUCCUGUCAAGAAAAGCAAAAAAGCAGUCGCCAAAGCCGGCUCUGAACUCCAACGGAACAGCAGCAAUGUUACCGGAAGCCAUACGCAACACGUGGCCACAGAUUCUCCUGCACUCCCUCUACCAGACCAAGACGGCUCGGAUGAAUCGCCUCUCAGCAGUAAAGACUUGAUGUCCGAUUCUCCCAAUGACAAACUGGGUACAUCACCCAGUUGUCCUGUUUCUGUUGACAGCGACAAGAGCUUUCCUGCCCCUCCAACACCACCUCCUGUGACCGAAACCAUAUCCCACCUCAGGGGCAGCGACUGGCUCACCGACACUGACAUGGGGCGCUGUGUGGAGCUUUUGAACGCCUCUCCUGGAUGGCAUGUUUUCGAUCCGGGAUAUCCCUUCAAGGAGUCCGAAUUGUCCAGGACAAACAAGGUUUCUGCAAAUAACCUGAUCUUCUUCAUCAAUGCCAAGCUCCACUGGUCGCUUUGCCAUCUAGAUAGACAACUAGGGGAGCUCAAGCAUUAUAACUCUCUUCCGUGGAAGAUGCCGGUUGAUGUCCUGAAGUCAUGGAUACUGGAACAGCCGRGAAUUGGGCCUACUGAUGGACUCAACAUUUGCGAAGAAAAAUGUCCCCAACAAGAAGACGGCUUCAACUGCGGUAUCUUCRCUCUGGCUAUCUGCCAGGCUCUGGUGAAUGGGAAUCCUAUCCCAUUGGAAGUCGAUGCCAAUAACCUUCCGAAGCUGCAUCUCUUGGAAUGCCACGAAUAG